AUGAAUUCACAACAACCGAAACAUCGUUCUACCAUUCGACAAGAAAAUAGACGAAAAUUCCUCGAUUAUUUAAUUGUACAACGUUAUUUAAAUUUUAAUCAACAUGAUAACGAUGACAUACAUUCGGAAUAUAAAUUCACGGAUCAUCAUGAAAAGACCACUCUCCAAGAUUUCAAAAUACCAUCAGUGAGUCAUCAUGAUGACAUUACACAACAAAUUUUCAUUAAAAAGAAAAAACAUGAAUUAUUGAUGAGAUGGCUCUAUUUACGAAUUGUGCAAAGGCUUGAAGAGCGAAAACAAAAAUUAAUGAUGAACAAAUUACAAACUCUCUGUCAAAUGCAAUUAGCCUAUCAUUUAAAAUCUAGUUCACGUAGACUCAGAAAAAUGAUUCAAAGUAUUCCGUACGAGUUGGAGGCAAUAUUUUGGAGAAAAUUGGAAUUUUGUGUGAGACAUCUAGAUCGUCAUGUUGAAAAGAAAACGUCUUCGAUUUACAAAGAAACCAUGAAUACCAAUAAUAUUAUUGGAAGAGCAACAAAUACUCAACAACAGGCUACUCCAGAUACCGAUGAAGCAACCGCUCACAAUGCUGCAACCGAAGAUUUCGUAUUGAUUUAUUCAACAAAAUUCGAAGAUACACAAAAUGAGCAAUCAGCUCGCAUCAGUAAGAUACAGCAAUCAUAUUCCACAACAGCAGUCAAGCCACGACUAGGAAAAGUUCUAGUGCUCACUCGUUGGGACGGAAUUGAUUUAUUACCUCAAAAUUUUCUUCAAUUCUUCACCGAACUCUCACAUCAAUACUCGCCAGAGAAGCGUAUAAGAGCUCUCUAUAUGAUUUCGCAAAGCGAUAGGUCACAAAAGAAGGAAAUUGUAAAGCUUCAUGAAAUGAUUGAUACUUUCAAAAAUAAUUUCUCCUUACUCAAUAUCAUGGAGAGAAAAUUAAUUUCAUGGACUGGAAAUAAUGAUUAUUGUUCCUUAUAUAUUACUUGUUGCCACUUUAUGAAAAAUUUAUUGGCUGGCUCGUGUAUUCGUUUUGGAGCCAGAGGAGUUCGCGCGAGAAAGGAGCAACAACUGUACCAAGCCCUCGAGUUUGCUGCCACAGAAGUUCAAAGACAUGUCACCUCAAUGAAUAAGCCUGAUGAAAAUUUUGAUGGAAAUAUUACCAUGGAAAUGAUGCAAUUCUCAGCACAACAACUUUUGAAAGAAUAUGACGGACAAUAUCACACCCUGUUUCAUUUGUUGCGACCUUUUAUUUUUGAAAUGCACAAAAUUACUACGAUACGGUGGUUUUUGAAAAAGUUAUUCUACGUCAAGAAGCAAACGCGUUUGAAUCGACUUGUUACGAAAUACUAUACGAGAUUGUCGUGGUUGGAUUUGUGA